AUGACGUAUCCUGAUUUCGUUUGGUUUCUUCUUGCGGAAGAGGACAAACGCCAUCCACGAAGCAUUGAAUACUGGUUCCGAUGCAUGGAUUUGGACGGAGAUGGUCUAUUGUCCAUGUAUGAAUUGGAAUAUUUCUUUUCCGAACAAGUAGCCCGGAUGGAAGAAAUGGGUAUCGAGCCCAUCUCUUUUGAAGAUUGUUUAUGCCAGUAUCUGGACAUGGUCAAACCCGUGCUAGUUGAUAAAAUACGCCUUUCCGACAUGAAACAGUGCCGUUUAUGUCACAUCUUUUUUGAUACGUUCUUCAAUCUACCAAAAUAUCUGCAACAUGAACAGCGUGAUCCGUUCGCUAAUCUUCGGGAUAUUGAAGAAGGUUUGAACGAACUUUCUGACUGGGAUUGGUAUGCUGCUGAGGCAUAUGAAAUGCUCGUUGCAGUCGAAGGUGGCAAUCAGGAAGACGGUGUCGGUGAUAAGGAUGGUGAAGACGAGGAAUUAGAAGAGGAACAUGAAGUUGAAUCACCAACUACUGGUGCUGGAUCAAAAAUCGACACAGCCACCCGGAAAGAGAACUCUCCUACUUCAAAAGUAGAACCGGCCAACCCGGAACAAAAGUUCUUGGGCUCUACAGCUACUGUUGGAGCUGGAGAAUCGGUGGAUGUAACCAUGUCAUCGGAUAAUGGACGUAAAAGCAAACGACGAAGAGGCGGUGCAUCACUGAACUGA